AAGUGAAUAACAAAUGAUUACGUGUGAGAAAUUUUGUCAAUUUGAAAUAAAUCAUUUGUUCGAAAUCGAAUCAACUGUUUCAAUAAACCAUCUAUGGGCCAUUAUAAUCUUCAUAUGUACACGUCGAUAUAUUAAAAAUAUAACACUAAUGGGUUCGAAGAAUAGCGUGUUGAAAAAUAAUAACACACCCUCCGGAAAAAAUGAAGGAAACACUAUUCAACACGUAUUCAAAAAAGGAUACCCCGUUAGUAGUCCAAAUAUUCCUGAAAAACCUUUCGUACCAAAUUGUAAGGUGAACGAAAAAAGCCACGAAAACGUUGGCAGUUUCAGCGAAAAAUCAUUCCACAUAAAAGAUAGUAACGUUUCGAAUAUUAACCUUAAAGAUUGUGGAAAUCUUGUUUCUGAAGUCGGAUUUGGAGGUGACAUAAUAAAUAUGAAAAAACCCACAAAAAAACAUGGCUCUAAAAGUCGUUCUCAAAUCAGUGCUACGAAUAAAGGAAAUGUUCAUAUUUCUAAACCAUCUAUAAAUAAUCCUCAAAAAGUUUUGGCAAACAACGGGGAUACUACAGGAAAUAAAUAUGGAACUGAAGAAGAAAAAGAACCGCCCAGUUGUAACACUGAUUCGUCGGACCUAGAAGCCGAUGAACUUGAUGACGAAUUAUAUUAUUUGAUAUUUGGUGAACAUUUCAACAGCUGCCAACAUCCAAAGACAGAAUGUCUUCCUCUUAGUCUUAGCGAAGAAAUAUUAAAUUACAUAGAUAAAAAUCAACGGUUCGUUAACGAUGAUGAAUGCGGGUUUGUUAAGAAAUGUUUUAUGGAAAACAAGUUCGGAAAGAGCAACAAUAGAAUGAUUAACCGGACCGACGUUUUAGACAAAGCCUGUUCGACGAAUCCGGCUUCGGAUAUUAUCCGUCCUAACAGUCUAAACGUGGCAUUCAUUAAAGGAAUGAUUUACAGAAGGGAACUGUAUGGUCCCCCUAUCGAACAGGUUGGUCAAGCGGGGCCGAGCCAGCCGCAAGUUCCAUUCGGUACUCAAGAAUACGUGAUAACGAAACGAUACAAUUACGGCAGAGACGAUCCCCAAACAUCAAUGCCAGGUAACAGAAAUUUUGGGUGCUCGUGUGCAGGGUCGUGUAAUAACGAUUUUGGAAUGCGACUACCACCAACUACAAAUCAAUUGUCUCUAUUUGACCAAUCUCCAAUGGAAGAUCACAGCAGUAAAAAUGCUGUAAAACUAGAGGAUGUCACCGAAAAGAAAAUUUUUAAACUCAACCAGUCCAACAAAACUUCUAAUAAAAAGGUAUCUGGUAAAAAGAGGAGCUUAGUGAAAAAGGUCAUUUCCAAAAAGGGCAUCGGGAAAAAGACUACUACCGCACUAAAACCAAAGCCACUCGCUUCACAAAAAGGAACCGAGAGAAACAUUAAAAGAAAACAGUUUACAAAGAAUGCCACCUCGGCAAAAAAACCGACAAAGAAAACUAAGAAUUAUAGUCGAGCUAAAAACGUGGUUUCUGACAAAAGUGUCGACGAUGAGCUUCCAUCCACUAGCAACAAUUUGUGCGGAUGCAAAUGUGAAUGGCCUUGGGGUAACGAUUUUGGACAGUGCCCUCCAUGCCCUCCAAAUCAUUUAUCUUUAUUUAAGCAACGAUUUAUGAAAGAGGAAAAUUGUAAAAACAUAAUAGCACGAGAGAAACAGAAUGAAGCUGACGAUGAAAAGAAGAAUUUUGACUCGGUCAAAGGUUAUAAGAAAAAGUCUAGUCGAACUAUGAUUGAGGAACCUAGCAGAAUUGACGACGAAGUGGUAAAUUUGGAACAGUUGGACAAAGUUAGUAAGAAAAAAGCCGAUAGAGAAAAGAAACCCGCUACAGCGAUGUCAGAGUCACGAGCUUCAAAGAAAAAAAAAUCUAGCAAAACUACAAGAAAACAAGGUGAAAUAGACGAGAAUGCGUUUAUAAAGUUUAAAAAGAAGUCUAGAAAAUCAAAGGAAUCGUCUCCAAGCAAGAUUGAGGAUGAUGAGCUUCGUUCCAUGUCUAAAUCAUCAUUAAAAACUAAAGUAAAACCUGUCAGCAUACCAAACAAUAAUGUUGUUGAUCUUAUUAACAAAAAUGAUUAUGGCAAAUCAGAAAAAGAGGGGAUAUCAAACAGAGUUGGUGCCACAAAAACUGAUGAUUUGAAGUACGAUAUAUUGUUUAGAGACGAUGGAAAUAUAAAAGUUAAAGUGGAAAAAUUUAUUUCUGGAAAGAGUAGGGUAUUCACCUACAAUUCAGGAAACGACUGCGAGGAAAAGUCAAAAGAAGAAAAAACCAACCAAACAUUGCCGCCUCAACAGAACACCAAAAUAUCCGAAAUUGCGGAUUCACAAAAACCAGCGAAAAAAUUAAAUCUUCAAGUUACAAUCCCUAAAAGUCUAUUCAAGCAAAAGAAUAUUACGAAAGUUAGGUCUAUUGACAAUAGCAUAAAGAAAUCCAGUUUGGGUCUAUCGAACAGUUCAGCCGUAUCCAACGAUUCUUCUUUACUUCAUCCGAAGGCUACAACGACGCUCAACAAACCUGCUUUUGUGCAUCCUAGCGCUCUGGCCGCUCACACAGAUAAAGAUGAUGCUGCGAAUAAACGGGAUCAAAGAAGGAAAGACACAAACAUAAGUUUCGAAGAACAUGUAAAACCACAUCAUGAUUCAGAAGUGCGUAAAUUGAGUCCCUCAAUGUUUUACGAAAGUCUUCACCCCAUUCUUGAAGAGUACCACUCAAGGGAUGUGGGUCCGCAUGAAGAUCCAAAUUACACAGCUGAGGUCCAUACAGAAAAAUGCGUUGUGGAAGGGAACAAAAUAGAAUGUUUAACAUCAAUUCCUCACGUUAGGGCCGUUUUUGAAAUACCAGGCACCCAUGCAAAAAAAACUGAAACAUACAUUGCCACGCCGAAAAUUGCUCCUUCGCAAAACGACAUCCAUGUUGACGUUGGGCUAGACAGAGUGGGUCCAAAAUUUUUGGAACAAAUGGGACAUAAAGGAGUUCCAUACGGCUCUAUAAAAUCCAACGAAAACGUAUUGGUUAAGGGAGAUUCACACAAUUUUGUCCCUAAGCCGGAUCAUAUGGAGGAUGAACACUACAAAAGGCCCCUUAAAGUUCUCCAAUAUAGGCCUUCACUACAUUCCGUUGAAUCGUCACAAAUGAAUACCGUGUUUACAGAGAAAAAGGACCAACUAAAUGAGCCGAAUAAAUUGAACUCAAAACUAUACGAUGCCAACAAAUUGUAUGAAAUUCAAGAAUGCCUUUCUAAAAUGAAAUUAGAAUUAAGAAACGAUUGUCCUUGCUUGGCAAGCAGCUAUGAAGUCACAAGGAAAAACAUAGAUAAAGAUUCAAAAAGAAAGAACGGAAGCAAGGAAUGGUAUACCGAGUCCGAUAGCGGCAGUGACAAGAAAAAAGGAGAUCUUCAUAAGCUGGCCACCGAAAUGUUGGAAAAUAAACAAAACCAAAGUAAAAAGAAUAUCUCCAUAAUUGAAAAUGAAGAAGGAAAAAAAUAUCUUGAAGAUCGAGAUCCGAACCUAAAGCAAAAAUAUUUUUCUGGUUCAAAACAACCCCAUGACGAUUCCUUGGACUCAGAAAAUAUCAAGCGGAAAAAAUAUGUUCAGUCGAUAAAUGAUAAAUCGAAACUUCGCGAGAGUAAUGUAGCUAACUCGAAAUCUUUAAAGAAACCUAGUCUUGAUCAAAAUAAACCGAAUGAUUACGUUACUUUCAAGAAUGCAAGUAAUGGUAUUAAAGAUGCCGACGGAAAAAAAAAAUUAAAAUUUCGGAAGAGACAACCAACUGGUAUAUUUUUUCAAGAGCUGAACCUUUUGAAAAGAUCGAUUCUUGAUGACGACUCUGUUUCCACAACAAACGAAGAGAACAGCAGAAGAUAUAAAAGGUCUGAACUCUCGGGUGUGAAUAAAAAUGGAUCAUAUGGGACGCGUAUAAAUAGAAAAAUCAGCAAAGGCCGUUCGACAAUGAAUCAUCCGAAGAGUACUGUAACAGAUAUAAAGUCAUUCGGUAAGAAAACGUCGGGUAAAAAGAAGCCAAGAAAAGAUGAACGCGUUGCUGAAAGUGAUUCCACAUCUGACGACGAUGAGCAUAUUCUGUCAUUUCGGAAGAGACAGCCGGCAGGUGUUUAUCAUCAAGGUAGGAACCUUCGAAAGGGAGCGACCUCUUAUAACGAUUCACGCAAGUAUAAAGCCAAAACAAUAAAAGAUAUAAAUGAAGGGUACUCCUCGACUAGCCGAUUAAAUACAAGAAAAAAGAAAGAAUAUUCCAAUACAACGUUUGAAAAAGAAAUACCUCGUUAUUCAAGUAGAGUGCAAAGGAAGACAGAAAGAAAGAAAUUUUCUAAAUUUCUCGAUAUGUCAAACGCUGAUACAUUAAACUCUUCGGAUUCAACAACUGGUAGUAGAAAGCUUGCCAAAGUUGGUCGAUUAAAAAAAGGCAAAACAGCUGAAAGCAAACUAAGAACUCCGUCUGCUCGUCCCAGAAAAAUGAGUCAGGAAAAGAAUAGGUCCAAUGGGGUUACCGUCGACAAAUUAUGGGCCGAUCAUAGAUUAGAGAAAUCGAUUCUUACUGAAAGAUUCAACCAAACCAAAAGAAUAUUAAACUCGAAAUGCCCUUCUCCGGACAUGGCGAUGAAGUGCUGCUGUAGCCCAGUGUGCCCGCCGAAGGUUUUGAUAUGCCAGUACCGCUGUCCUUCGUCAUACAGGCCGCCCUAAUGAAAUCGUCACCGGCUACCAAUUUAAACAAUGCACAUAUUUGCUGGGAAAUGCGAGAAGGUUAUGUGAAAGUGUUGAUCAGAUGGUAGGAUGGACGCAAAUUUGCUGAGAGUUUUCUUAACUAUACGCACACACUCACGCAUACACGUAUGUUGCUUACAUCGUCUAUUCAGAUAAACAAAUGUAAACGUGUGUACACAGCAAAAACCCGUACACGGCCAAGGACGGCCACUCCAACGACCCGUAUAAUUGCAAUGACGUAAGUGCGCUGCAGAAGAGGAAGUAAUCACAAUAAAAAAGUACGAUGUAAAGGAGCAAAAGGAGGUCUCAGAGACGGCCUGCAUUUGGCCCAGAAUUUCAAUGCCACAAAAAAAACCGUGUGGCUAUAAAGUAACGUUUUAUUCUUGAUCCUAUCUUUACCAAAUCAACGGACGAUCCAGUGGAAACAAGCUGAGAAUAGAAAAUUUGCAUACAUUUAGCCGCUUUGCAUUAGUCCUCACUCGAGUUGCCGAAUUAAGUUUUAUCGUCCUUUCCAUUGGCUCUGUACGAGAAGAAACUAAACAAGUACAGAAAACAAACAUUAAUUAUUAGUUCCGAUAAAUCAUUCCUGACCCAAAACCAAUUAUCAGCACACUUGUAUAACGUAUUUGCGAGCAAAUAUUCUUUUUAUCGAGUGAACCAGAUGCCCUUGCUUAACAGCCUCCUCUAUAGGAAAUUUACCAUCUCGCGAGAAUAAGGAAAAAACUCAUCGAUGAAUGGGGCGACUGAAGAUUAUCAUUAUUACAUUACCAGUAAAUAAAUAAGUAAUU